UUUUAUUAUUUGCAACCAAUCCAAGUUUAACAACAUCCAAUGUGACAUAUAUUUUGGAGAAUAAAUAAUUGACUUGUUAAUAACAAUACACUUCAGAUUUUUGAAUAUGUGAUGUCACAAACACAACUCAUCCCUAAACUUGGGUAGAUAAAACUUUCAUUUGAUUUUGUUGUAAAAGUUAAAAAAAGAAAAACAGAAUCCAAAUAUGGUGUGCUAUAUUCACAAACUCACCAAAUCUAAUCCCUAAGAAAACUCAGAAAUUCUGCAUAUUUUAGCUAAUUUUAGUUUUAAAAAAUAGUUACUCUGUUGGCAAAAAUGAGAUAAAAUUGAACCAAACAGUUCAUUAGAUUUUUUCUUAAAAAAAAACUUUUCCUUCAUCAUUUCCUCUUCCUUUCAGUACUAAAACAAAUAAAUAAAUAAAUAAAUAAAAUUUUAAAAAUUAUUAUGUAUUAAAAGAAAAUUCAAAAUCACAUGCCACAAACUAUUGACAUAUAGAUAGCCCACUCUUGAUAAUUACCAAAUAAUAAUUGGAAAUGGACCCAAUUGGCUAAUAAUUUAAAUGCUUUACACAACAUUGUCUAAUGCAUAAUGCAUAAAGAAAGAUGUUAUGUAUACCCAACCACAAAUUUUCUUUUAUUUUUUAUUUUUAAAUAAUAUAAAUAAACUCUUAAAUUAAAUUAUCUAAAUUCCACUCCACUACUCAUUUCAAUCAAAAUUUAUUGUGGAAUAUUUUGUAAGACUCCUCCUCAAUAAUACAAACCUUGUCAAACACAUCCUAAAAAACAAACACUUACUUUGCCCGGGUCACCAGCCACAACUCAAGCAUAAUUCCCAAAAUAAUAAUAAAAAAAAUCCCCCAAAAAAAUCCCACCAUUCACUCGCCUUCCUAAAAUUUCCACAAUUUUUUUAAAUCUAAUUAAAAAAUAAAACAAAAAACAACACCAAACCCCUCUUUCCAAUCUCCUUGUCAUUCCCCCACUCCAUCAAUUCCAGCAAAUCCCAAAAACAAUUAAAAAAUAAUAAAAAAUAGAAAAAAAGAGAAAAUUAUAGAAGAAAGAAGAAGAAGAAGAAGGUUUAGGGUUACCUUUGAAUGGAAUCUUGGAUCAGCGAUGGAGACUGAGAUGCAGAGAUUGAUGCCCUUGCCGAACCCCAGCGCCGCCGCCUCCUCCUCCGAUGAGGCUAGAUAUACAAGCCUUAAAGACAUCAUCAUCGCAUCACCGGCGCCGCCGUGCCCGCGCGAUAUGGUGAGCCGCGCCGCCUCCAUGCACGACUUCUACGGCUUCGACGCAGCGAGCAUCCCGAUUCGUAACCAUCUCCUCAAGCACGCCGCCUCCGCUUACCUCCAGUCGGCGGCGAUCAUCGCUUCCCGGAACCAGAGCUUGUUCUCGAGGAUCUGGAGGCAAGUGCGGCGGCGGGCGGCUGAGGUGGGAUCGGGGUGGGGGCGGUGCGCUCGGGGGGCGGUGGAAGCUUGGAAGGGGAUCGUGAGGCGCGUGCUCGGGUGCGUCUCCGGCGCCGGAGAGCGGCGAGCGUUUCGCUGAGAAUGAGAUGAUUUGGGGGAUUUUAUGAUUGCUUUGUUUGUCUUUCUUUGAAUGUGAUUUGUUUUUUAUUUUGUAGAUAUGAAAUGAAAAAUAAAAAGCGCCAUUGAAUUCAAAUUUCUUUCCUUCA